AGUGCAUAGAGGCGGGUGCUAGACGUGGUAGUGUGCGGCGCCGAUCUCGACAGGAAAAUAGCGAUCUAUUUUGCAGUGCAGCCUGUACACAUCAGCAAUAAGUUUUAAAGCAGACUGUCAAGAGAUUGUUGAAUGCUUGAUUGGGGGCAAUCAUGUAUGGACAUAGGGAUGUACGCAUCCUACUUAUAGGAGAUUCUGGAGUAGGGAAAACUUCACUGAUCCUGACGCUAGUGAGCGAUGAAUUCCCAGAGGAUGAGAUUCCUGCCAGGGCGGAGGAGAUCACAAUUCCUCCAGAUGUCACACCAGAGAAAGUCCCGACACACAUUGUGGACUACUCAUCGAGAGAGCAGAGCGAUGAAAUCCUAAUGGAGGAAAUUGCCAGAGCCGAUGUGAUAUGCAUCGUCUACGCCGUCAACCAUCGUGAGAGCAUUGAUAGCAUCACAGACUACUGGUUACCACUGGCAAGGAAUACCCUAGGUGCUGACCAUAGCACCCCUAUCAUCCUGGUGGGUAACAAGUCAGACCAGGCGGAUGCCAACAGUCUGGAAGGGGUGGUCCCGAUUAUGAACGACUACUCGGAGAUUGAGACUUGUGUUGAGUGUUCUUCGAAGAACCUAAAAAACAUCUCAGAGGUGUUCUUCUACGCUCAGAAGGCCGUGCUGCACCCAACUGGUCCCCUGUACUCAGCAGAGGACAAAGAGCUCAAACCUGAAUGCAAGAGGGCGCUGUGUAGGAUAUUUACGAUAUGCGAUCUGGACAACGAUGGCGUAUUGAACGAUUAUGAGCUUAACCUAUUUCAGAGGCGAUGUUUCAAUGCACCGUUGCAGCCCCAGGCUCUGGAUGAUGUCAAAGCAGUGGUUAGGAAAAACAUCCCAGAAGGAGUCGUCAAUAACGGACUCUCACAAAUAGGUUUUUUAUUCCUUCACACAUUAUUCAUUCAACGAGGUAGACACGAGACCACAUGGACUGUGCUUAGGAAGUUUGGUUAUACGGAUCAUCUCAAACUCACUGCAGAUUAUCUACGACCAAGGUUACGAGUUGGUCGAGGCAGCUCAACGGAGCUGAGUCAUCUAGGCUACCAGUUUCUAACCUCACUUUUCGAAAAAUAUGAUCAGGACAAGGAUGGUGCCUUAUCCCCAUCAGAGCUGCAGAAUUUCUUCCAGACGUGUCCAGUCAUGCCGUGGGGUCCUGACGUCAACAUGACGGUGUGCACCAACGAGAAAGGCUGGAUUACACUGCAAGGAUGCUUAGCUCAAUGGACACUCACAACUCUUCUGGACGUAUCGAGGACCCUUGAAUAUCUAGCGUACUUUGGUUACCGUUACGUUAUGGCGGAGCAUGAGAACCAACUCUCUGCCAUCAUUGUAUCAAGAGCCAAGAGGAUCGAUCUCGAGAAGCGGCAGACGUCUCGUAACGUCUUCCAGUGCAAUGUGAUCGGUCCAAGAGGGGCAGGAAAGACUGCGUUCUUGCAGGGAGUGAACAAUCGGACCGUAGACUCCAGCAGUCACUCCAUGAGGGAACAUCUGUCUGCAUACACCAUCAAUACUGUACAGGUGUAUGGUCAAGAGAAACACUUAUUGCUUCACGAGAUUGACGUUGGUCUCCAAGAUGAACUGACAUCAGAAGACUUGGAAUGUGACGUAGUGUGUCUCAUGUAUGAUAUAUCAGAUCCAAGGACGUUUGAGUAUUGUGCUAAGAGCUUCAAGCAACAUUUUGAGAACAGCAGCAUCCCGUGCCUGUUUGUGGCCUCUAAGAGUGACAUGCACCCAGUACGGCAGAACUACACUCUCCAGCCGGCCCAGUUCUGUGCAAGCCACAAUCUACCCCCUCCCCAGACCUACUCCAGUAAAGGGAGACCCAAUAAAGAUAUCUACAUCAAGCUGGCUACACUAGCUGCAUACCCCCUCGUUAAGGGGGUACUGGUUGAGCACCCCGCUGCCUUGUGGAUCAGGGACAAACUGAUGCUAGCUUCGGGUCCUCUUGCUUCAAGACAUCUUAAAGGUGUGUCGCAAGAGAGUCACUCUAUCUGGUUGAAGGUCGGCAUCUGCGCUGCCGUCGCGGCCGUCGGAGGAAUAGUCAUCUACAGAUACUACAAGAGUCAUUGAUUGGUAGCCACCAUGCCUGGACACCAGGGAAUAAUAAUAGUAUGUACAGAAAAAAAAAUGAUGCAAUUUAUAAGAAACCAAAAUGGUAGAUGCAUACCUGCCAACUGUACAGACUUAAUUGGAAUUGCAGUUUUUUGAGAUUAAAGGCCGAUGAGAGAUAGCAAUUAAGAAGAUCAAGAAGCUCUGUCAAUAGAGGGCGCCAUUUGCCUGGGACAGUAUAUGGUUUUUUGGGGGGAGAAAAAGUGAUUUUUGUACAUUGUUUGAAGUACAUCAUUUGUAUGUGUACUUGUUAUAAGCAUUACUCUCACCUGACUACUUGCGUCACUGUCUGUGGACUCUUAAAAUUGGUGUUCCUAUUUCUGAGGUUUUAAUGUUGGCAGGUAUGUAGAUGGGGUUUAUGGAUACCCUCAUUUAAGAUGGUAUACCAAGGACUGGGGGGGGGGCACACUGUUGAAGAAGAAAGGUAGAGGGACAAAUGCAAAAAAAAAACGACUUUAAAAUUGGAAACCUUUUCAGAAUGCAUGACGUAAUUGUUACUCUGUGACAGAUUCUAGAGGUAUAGGACAACGGAAUGUGUUGGGAAUGUUGGUAAGCGCUUUCCCUAAUGAUGAAUCAAUCCGCUUAAUGGAAAUCCCUAUUUUGGAAAGCAAUGGUUUCAACUGGUGGUAAAGAUUCCAGAGUUCUUAGGGGGAGGGGGUGCUGUGCUUUUUUUUAAUCGGACCCAACUGGACUCUUAGAAGUUUGGAGUAUAGUCUGUUCCGUAUGUAACAGAAAGUCCUCGGCAAAUGUUUUUUCAAAGUCCGGGGUGCGUUUUGGAUUGACAAGAUCUAAUUGACCUACCGGUAGUCGUUUGACAAAUGUACUGUAUUUAAUCCAGCCAAAUGGUCUGCGCUCAAGCUGGGGCUUACAUCAAUGAGUUCCGGAGCAGGGGGAUGGGGAAGGUAUGUUUAUUGUCAACGUGGCCCAAUCAUUUUAGCCAGUAUUGUAGCGUGGCGAAUGUCUCUCAUUCUGAUGAAUUUGUUAUUGUUUCAAAUUUUAGUUUGAUAUGUGGUUCACUGCAAUCAAACAAUGCCCGUGUUUCCAUGAAGGUUAUGUCCAGACAAGUGGCUUUGCUGUGGCUGUGGCUGUGGUUGAUUGCUUCAGCUGCAGUACAGUAAUCCAGCUGUAGCCAUAUCCACAGAGAGUCUUUCAGACAUUGCUUAUAGUAAUUUGUAUUCAUAAAUGGGCUUAAAUUUAGUAAUCCAAUAGACCAUUCGUUUCUGUUUAAUCAUUACUGUUUGCAAGACAUGGCUACUGCUGUUUGUUUUGACAUAAUUUUUCCCGGUAAAAAACUUCUUUAUUGGGGAAAAAUUAUAUGAAAACAGAGAUUUUGUUUUGUUUUCUAAGUGUAUAUAUACAUGUACUUUGCUAAAACACUGGAAACAUUCAAAAAUGUCAAAUCAGGGCACGGCCUUCAGUUUGACCUUUUGGAAGAAGGUCAAAUCUUGUGGGCAUUUUGGUGCAAAUCACUUGCGACUACUGGUCUUGAAAGGGUUGAGCCUAGCAGUGAAUAUCAGCAAGAAGGCUCUAAAGCAGUCACAGUAAGUUCGCAUGCAGCUUUGCAUGAAAGUAUAAACUCGUCGGCUCACUAUAAGUUCAUUAAUUGCAAUUUCACAUCUGUAACGAUCAAAGGUCUUUAAGGGAAAAAAAGCCUAUACAUUUGGGGAAAAAAAUAAUCAAAAUCAACAAAUAAAUGUUUUACUUAAAGAAAAUGAAAGAUUCUUUUUUUGCCAAAUAUAUAUACUUUGAAGACCACUCCUUAGAGUAAUAAACUUCAUUUACCAGAUACCAAGUCAUGCCAUUUGUGCCCUUGAGCAAGGCACUAAACAAUAAAUGCUUUGUCAAAAGUUGGGAAGAGCCAGGCUCCUAGUGGAUGAUACCCAUGCCUUCAUCCUUAUGGACUGUAAAUCCUGUUUCAGCCCCAUGAGUAGGUGUCAACAGGCCCCUUGGUGGCAUUUGAUUUGGGUUGACGGCCCAAAUCAGUGUAGACCCCACCAGGCUCCUAGUGAAUGAUAUCCAUGCCUACACCCGUAUGUACUGUUUCAGCUUUGUGAUAUUAGGCGAUCUCUCAAUAAAAGAAAUAAAUUUAAAAAAAAAA